AUGUCUAUAAAUUUCGAAAGAGCUAUGGCUCUUUUCAGAGUGGAAGAGCGUAAUGCUGCUAUAGAGCGUGAUGCUGCUAUAGAGCGUGAUGCUGCUAUAGAGCGUGAUGCUGCUAUGGAGCGUGAUGGUUCCUGGCAAACUGGAUUGGCAAGAGAGAACUCAGUCGGAGAUGCCAUGCAACCUGAUGCAGAGGAGCCUGCUGUGGCGAGAGAGCGCGAAGAAAGGCAAAUUAAAAAUGAAAUAGCUUCGACGAGUUCCAUAAAGCUUGCACCACCUUUAAGUGAAACGGAACUGAUUCAGUCUUUGGUUUUACAAUUUCUCACGCAUGAUGGCUAUGUCGAGACGGCAAGAGCGUUUGCGGAUGAAGUUCAUUCUGAAAAGAAGGCUUUGAAUAUGGACCCAGAUGUUAUCAUACCAGGAUUUGAUAUCAAGGAGGAUGAAGAUGCUGGUCAUAGGCAACGAAUACGUACAGCAAUUUUGGAAGGAGAUAUUGACCAGGCCCUCAAACAUACUAACGCAUAUUACCCUCAAGUUCUCAAAGACAACGAACAUGUUUACUUUCGAUUAAGAUGUCGCAAGUUCAUCGAAAUGGUUCGACAAAUGGCAGAAAUGCAUAACAACUCCAACUCAUCUAACGAAUCGAAAAAAAAUACGGCGCAUAACGGGGAUUGGUACGAUGAUAUCAUAAAUCAUGAUAUGGAAUUGGAUGAUCAUCAACCUCAAGCCAACAAUUGGGAUAGAAUGGAAACGGAUGGUGAAGUAGAUCCUGAAACUGAAUAUCAGAAUUUACUCUCAGAGACGUUGUCAUAUGGACAAGUUCUUCAAGCAGAAUUCAAGGACGAUCCAAGACGAGAGGUUAGCAAAGCUUUGGAAGAUGCAUUCUCGUUGAUUGCAUAUAAAGAUCCUAUCAAUGAGAAGACGGUCUCGCAUCUUUUGGAUCCGAGUGGAAGAAUCACAGUGGCGGAGGAAUUAAAUUCUGCUAUCCUUCUCUCCCUUGGCAAAUCAUCCUCGGCAGCCCUCGAACUAGUCUACCAACAAACCACGGUACUCUUAGAAGAUCUGAGGGAAUCGGGUGGUCCGGGCGCUUUUGUCAAUAUCGAUGAUUACACGAGACCGAAGAAGCGUGAUGGUGGAAGUGGAGUGUGA